CGUUCGCGGAGCGCGAACGGAUCGUAGUCGCAGUCACGGUCCGCGGGCCGUCGCGUUCGCGUUCGUCGUCGGUGCAUUUCCGUGCAUCGGUGCUUCAUUUAACUCCGUUUUCGCGAUCGUAUCACUUGGAAUCGAUUCGUUGAUUCCGCGAUUCCGGUCUUGUCGCGCGACCGCGUUUCUGACAGUUGAGUCGCCGAUUUCCCUCUCUCUCUCGCUCGAGGGAGGAGAAGCCGCAUCGAGAAAAGGAACACGCUUUCGAGGGACGACGAGACGAUCGAGAAAUGAGAAUAGCAACUGCCGAUUUUGGGAAGAUUCCGCGGAGACAGCGCGUAAAAGCGUAAAGAUAAGAGUGUCAUCGCAGAAAGUGGAAUCUUCCGAUGUAAAGGAACACCUCGUCCUCGAGGCCGAAAGCGCGUAACGAAGGACGCGAUGAAUUUGGACGCGCGACGACCCGUCAUCGGCACUUAACCCUUAUCGCGGCGGCAGAGUGAUAACACACGUCAGGAAGGCAAAUCUUCCCCGAUGCACUGCAGGUGCCGGCCGGUACCGGCCUCUUCGUCAGAGCACGCGAAGCGUCCGUUUUUCGCGCGUAUCACGUGGCUGUGAAUCAUCGGGUCGCGAAAUAUGCAAGACCUAACCUGCAGUUGAGCCUUCGAAUUAUUUAAAUUUUUUGACGGCAGCGUCUCCGAGCACGUAAGAUGUUGGCUUAACGGCGACAUGGAGACGCUGUACACUGGAGCGAUUCACGGUUUUUCGCCGCCCGGCGGCGGAAUUGCUAAUGGAGUUUCCACGGGAAUCGCCAGUUCCUUUGACCAGGACGGCGUGCUGAGUCUUAUCGUCGUCCUCGGGGGAAGUCUGUCCCUAGUGGCCCUGGUAUUUGCGUUCAUCACAUACAGCCUCUUCUCCGAUUUGAGGAGCCUGGCAGGUACGACUUUGAUGAAUCUUCUGGCAGCUCUCUUCAUGGUCCAACUUUUGUUCAUCGUGGGAGCUGGAGGAGUACAAGACUCGGAGCUCUGCAUCUCGCUCGGAAUGAGCUUGCAGUACCUGCGGGUGUCGGUGGUCUGCUGGCUGGCGGCGAUGUGCCACCAUCUUUACGCAACCGUGGCGUCGCUGCCGCGUCGCGACGACCCGCCGACUUAUCUAAAGUACAGUCUCUUCGCCUGGGGCGCGCCGCUGAUCAGCCUCGCGUUGGCGACGCUGCUGCAGAACCGCGAGGGCCGCGAUUUCUGGAACGUCGUUGACCUCACUCCUUUCAAUUGCUGGUUUCUGGGAGCCACGGCGACAAUUUACGCGUAUGGCUUGCCGGUCAUCCUGCUUCUCCUAACAUCCGGUUACUACCUCGUCAAGGCUGCGAUCGUGUCAAGGUACACGUGCAGCAUGCAGCUCGAGAUAAAGCAGCGCGAGAAGAUGAAGAGGAGACGAGGUUUGCAGCUGAUGCUCUUCCUGAAGGUCAGUCUGAUCGUUGGUUUGGUGGCCGGUUGCGGAGUCGCGUCCAGGGUCUGGAAGAUCCCCUUCCUGUGGGCAGUCUUCUGCACGGGCCAUUCGCUUCAGGGAUCAGCAGUGGCGCUCUCCGUCGCGUGUAACUGCAGGGUCUUGAAAGUUUACGCCAGGAAAUCGCACAAGCAACCGGAACACCAGAUCGCGAAAUCGAGCAGCAGCAUGCAACUGCUCGCGCCCGCGCCGGAUCCGGUUUAGGCGAACUUCCGGGGGCUGUCCUCGGAAAGGAUAGGGGCAGAAACGAAGAGGAGAACCUGGCUGCACUCUAAGGCGUAAACUGUUUUUACAUCGAGGUGUGCGUGUGCGCUGAUAUUUCGCUCCUAACUUUGCCGGAAUUUUCCCUCCGCGACGUGCGAUUUCAAUUUCGAUGUUUUCAUUUUUAUCUCCCUCUUUAGAAAAGUGGAAUUUCUCAGGGAGAGAUGUGAGAACAUGUAUGAAUCAGCGAAAAUUUUUCGCACUUAUUUAGACACACCCUGUAUAACAAUUAUAAUAA